GUUUUGUCCCAGCGCAGCCUCCGUCUCAGCUGAACUGUGACAGUCACAUGAUGCACUGUAGCGUUCCGCUUGUACACAAGGUUUCUCAGCACAUCGACACUCAUGCAGGCGCUCGCUGACUCUGAUUGACGGACUGAAGCGUCGUCAUGCCUGUGAACGCCGCUGUGAUUAGAGGAGUUCAGAAGCUGGUGCUUUAUGAGACCAGAGCCAGGUUUUUUCUGGUGGGCAGUAAUAAUGCGCAAACAAAAAACCGCGUCCUGAAGAUCGACCGCACUGAACCACGAGAUCUGGUCAUUAUUGAUGAUAAGCAUGUUUACAGUCAGCAGGAAGUGCGGGAGCUGCUGGGCCGUCUGGAUCUUGGCAAUCGCACUAAGAUCGGACAGAAGGGAUCCUCCGGUCUUUCCAGAGCCGUUUCUGCCUACGGCAUUGUGGGCUUCGUGCGGUUUCUGGAGGGUUACUAUAUCGUGUUGAUCACGAAACGUCGUAAAAUGGCGGAUAUCGGCGGCCACUCGAUUUAUAAGAUUGAAGACACGAAUAUGAUCUACAUUCCUAAUGACUCGGUGAGAGUCACACACCCUGAUGAGGCCCGAUAUGUGAGAAUCUUCCAGAACGUGGAUCUGUCCAGUAACUUCUACUUCAGUUACAGCUACGACCUGAGCCGCUCGCUGCAGUAUAACAUGACACUGCUGCAGAUGCCGUGUGACGCUGGAGAAACCGAGGAGCUCAACACCAGCGGCAGACAGGACAGCUUUGACAUCUUCGAGGAGGAGGGACUCCCCACUCAAGUUGUCCACAGUUUAAUUAACGAGCCCUACGCUAAGUAUGUGUGGAAUGUUCGUCUGCUGGAGAAGGUCAAAGACAUCGUCCAUCCUGAUUGGCUGCUCUACAUCAUUCACGGAUUCUGCGGCCAAUCCAAGCUGUUGAUCUACGGUCGGCCGGUGCAUGUCACGCUCAUCGCCCGCCGCUCCAGCCGCUUCGCCGGGACGCGAUUCCUCAAGCGAGGAGCGAACUGUGAGGGCGAUGUAGCGAACGAGGUGGAGACGGAGCAGAUCAUCCACGACGCCUCAGUCAUGUCAUUGACGGCGGGCAGUUUCUCCUCCUGUGUUCAGGUCCGAGGCUCGGUUCCUCUGCACUGGUCUCAGGACAUCUCCACCAUGAUGCCCAAACCGCCCAUACGCUUGGACCAGGCUGACCCGUACGCUCACAUCGCUGCGCUUCACUUCGAUCAGAUGCUGCAGAGGUUUGGGUCGCCCAUCAUCAUCCUCAACCUCGUUAAGAAACGAGAGAAGCGGAAGCAUGAGAAGAUCCUGAGUGAGGAGUUUUACCCGGCCAUCAUCAACCUGAACCAGUUCCUCCCGCCAGAGCACGGCAUCGAGUACAUCGCCUGGGACAUGGCGCGAUACACCAAGAGUAAACUGUGUAACGUGUUGGAUCGUCUCAGUAUGAUCGCUGAGAGCGUGGUGAAGAGGACUGGAUUCUUCGUUAAUAGACCUGACUUUUAUUGCCACACGUUACGUCCUGAUGAAAGGUGGGGAGAUCUUGGAGGGAAGGUCACACCGAAUGGCAGGUUACAGACGGGCGUUUUGAGGACGAACUGCGUGGACUGUCUGGAUCGAACCAACACCGCUCAGUUCAUGGUUGGUAAAUGUGCUCUGGCGUAUCAGCUCUACGCUCUCGGGAUGAUCGACAAACCCAAGCUUCAGUUUGACACGGACUGCGUCAGGUUAUUCGAGGAGCUGUACGAGGAUCAUGGCGACACGCUGUCUUUACAGUACGGAGGAUCCCAGCUGGUCCAUCGAGUGAAGACGUACCGAAAGAUUGCGCCAUGGACGCAGCACUCCAAAGACAUCAUGCAGACGCUCUCCCGUUACUAUAGCAACGCCUUCUCAGAUGCAGACAGACAGGACUCGAUAAACCUGUUCCUGCAGGUCUACCAGCCGUCGGAGUCGAAGCCUCAUCUCUGGGAACUGCCUACAGAUUUCUACCUUCACCACAGCGAUACCAUGAUCCUCCCACACCAGUGGCACAGUUACACACACUGGUGGACUGACGGAGUGCUGACGUUCCUGCCGGUACCGUAUGAUGAAGCUCCGUGUGAGAAGAACAGGAGGAAGGUGGUGGUGAAGCGCGUGAACCGAUACGACGAGAGCAUCGACAUCUACACCGAGUUCUUCAAGCCGUACGAACUCACCUCGUUCGACGACACGUUCAGCAUCGCCAUGACCAACUCCUCGAGGGAGUUCAUGCCGAAGACGGUCGGCCUCGACCCAAGUCCGUUUACUGUCCGCAAACCAGACGAGAGCGCGAAGUCAGUGCUGGGCAGUAAGUCCAGUAAGGAGGAGGCGGUGUUGCAGAGGAAGACGGCGGCCAGCGCUCCUCCUCCUCCCAGCGAGGAGCAGAUCUCCAGCAGCUCUGAGGAUGACUCCGAAGAUGAGCGCGAGGAAGAUGGGACAGUGUCUCAGCGCUCCACACCGAUCAAACUGUCCGAGCCAAGCGACAGCAUCCGCGCACAUGAGGAUCAGCCUCAGCAGCGUCUGCCGCCCAUGAGAGAGACGUAUGGCCUGAACCUGCUGGCCAACCCACCGGAUGAAGACAUCCUCAUAUACCACAGAUUUGCUCAUCUGGGUCAGAACCAGCACAAGGUGGAGAGAAACGAUGAUACCAAGAAAUUAGACGCCGUCAUCAGCCUCGCUCCGGUGUCUCUGUUCCCGUCGGACAGCAUCUACGAGGUUUCGGCUCCGGAGGUGGACGUCCAGAGCCGUGAGGUGUUCGAGUGUCACGUUCAGACGGGUCGUGGUUGGGUCAGGACUCUUUGUCAGGAUGACGUGCUCAUGUACCGCGAGUACAUCAAAAACAGAUACAUGUGAACAGAUUGACUGAUGGGAAAUGGUUGAAUUAUUAGAGCAGCAGUUCUCCAUACUGCUCGUUUAAAAUGAGUUGUUUGACCAUCAAAAAUAUACAACAUUCCUUUUCCCUAUAAAAUUCCCUAUUUUGUGGCGUGAAAGUGAAACAAAUCGAUUCGCAGAUGAGCUUCUGAUUCUGAGCUUCUGAAGUUGUGCCUGAUGUUAACGUGAUGUAUGAGGUUACAUAUGUACAGAAAAGAAUAAAAAAUCAUGAGACUCAGUUGAGUGUUUUUAUAUU